UCUGCAGAAGGCGGCGGCUGCUCGCCCGGACGGUCACAUCCCGCUGCAGGGGCCGGCGGAGGCCGCUGCACUACCGCCCGCACCGAGGACCGCGGCCGGCGGCCGGGCCGCGCGGCACCGCCCCCCGCUCGCGGACGGACCACUCGGCGGGUCCGAGCUCUGGGGGUCCCGCAGCCCCGCGGCCAGCGCCCGCUGCGCCUCCGCCCUCCGCCCGCAGCUCGGGCCCGCGCUGCCCGCCUCGCCGGGCCCGCGCCGGAAUGGGGUAGGGGCAGCACCGCGGAGUCGGGCGAUGGGCCGCCCUCUGGGCACCGAGCAGCCUCCCUAGGCCUGACCGACCGCAGGGACCGGCGGAGUAGCGCCGCCUGGAUGUCAAUCGGAUGCCCCAGCGCUUCCCAGCGGACUCAGCAGGGACCAUGGCUUCGCUGGUGCCCCUCUCCCCAUAUUUAAGCCCCACGGUCCUCCUGCUGGUCAGUUGUGACCUAGGAUUUGUGCGAGCAGACCGGCCUCCGUCUCCUGUGAAUGUGACAGUCACUCACCUUAGAGCCAACUCCGCCACUGUGUCCUGGGACGUCCCAGAAGGCAACAUCGUCAUUGGAUACUCCAUUUCCCAGCAACGACAGAAUGGCCCUGGGCAGCGUGUGAUCCGGGAGGUGAACACCACCACUCGGGCCUGUGCCCUCUGGGGCCUGGCUGAAGACAGUGACUACACGGUGCAGGUCAGGAGCAUUGGCCUUCGGGGAGAGAGCCCACCUGGACCCCGGGUGCACUUCCGAACUCUCAAGGGUUCUGACCGGCUACCCUCCAACAGCUCAAGCCCAGGUGACAUCACAGUGGAGGGUCUGGAUGGAGAGCGACCAUUGCAGACAGGGGAAGUGGUCAUCAUUGUGGUGGUGUUGCUCAUGUGGGCCGCUGUAAUUGGGCUCUUCUGCCGUCAGUACGACAUCAUCAAGGACAACGACUCCAACAAUAAUCCAAAGGAGAAGGGCAAGGGCCCAGAACAGAGUCCACGGGCAAGGCUGGCGGGAGCCAGACAGAAAAAGUCACCAUCCAUCAACACCAUUGACGUAUGAGUGAAGAAACAAAACCAGAAGACAGAUACACUAACAACCUGGGGAUGGAGAUGGGGAUGGGGAUGGGGUCAGGGAGAGCUUAACAUGGUUAUCUGCCCAAGACUGAAGGAUCCCACAGACACCCAGAAGGUAAUGACACUCCCACAAUCUCAGGCAUGGUACCCAUCCUCUUUCCACUGUGAGCAGGGCCAAAGGUAGGUCUGUCAGGGUGUGUUUCCCUGGACCUGGGGAGUGGAUAUCAGAUGGGAUGUUUCCUUCCAUCCCCCAGGUCCAGGGGAGAGUCAUCUGUUCAACCCUAGCCCAUUAAGUCCCAAUUGGGGCCCUGUUUCAACCUGCAUCAGGACUCUUGGCAUCCCCAGCUGCCCUCACAUCUUGCCUCUGGGUCUCAAAGAGGGAUGUUUCUUUGGGUACGGCCCCAUCCCC